ACGCAAGGUUGUCAAACUAUUGCUGUGUUGUUUUUGUGUUCUCAACCUUAUUCAGAAUUUUCUUAUUCAUACUUUUAACUUUCAAGCUCUGUUCAGUAAUUUUAUGUUUUCUAUUUAAUACUUAAAACCGGUUGUUUUUGGUUGAAAUAAACUCGUAGAUGCAAGCCUAUAAACGGCUAUUAAACGCUAUAAUUUUCAUAAUUUGUUAAAAGUACAAAUAAUAAAUUAUGGCAGACAAAACACAAAAGAUCAAGAAGUCAGAACCUUCGGCUUUGGCUAAAUGUUACCUUUUGGCAUAUAAUGGAAUUCAAACAUUAGGAUGGACAUAUUUAUUGUUGAACACAGCAAUUCAUUUUUUGAAUAGAGGAACACUUGACACUCUUUGGCCACAGAUUAAAUGGACAGUCAUCAUCUUCCAGAAUGCUGCUGUACUUGAGGUGCUUCAUGCAGCAAUAGGAUUAGUACCGUCUGGUGUUUUUGUGGUUGUUAUGCAAGUUUAUUCCCGAGUUUUUCUUGUUUGUGGCAUUUUAUUAGUUACAUAUGGUGCAACGAUCAGUCCUGGCUUAGCACUGUGUGUUUUGGCUUGGUCCGUUACUGAAAUAAUUAGAUAUGGAUAUUAUACAUUGAAUCUAGUCAACUUUGUGCCACGAUCACUAUUAUUUUUAAGGUACAGCACGUUCAUACUUCUCUACCCCCUAGGAAUCACCGGGGAACUCUUGUGUAUGUAUCACGCGCUGGACGAGAUAGCAGAAAAAAAUAUAUUUACAAUGACGAUACCUAAUGAAUGGAAUAUACUUUUUAAUUAUUACUACUUUGUAAUAUUCUAUAUGAUUUUGUAUAUUCCAUUGUUCCCUGUACUAUUUGGCCACAUGAUGUCUCAAAGGAAAAAGAUGCUAAACAAAUGUAAAACUGUGUAAAUAUGAUGAACAGUUUACUGUUUCAACGUUCAAACUCGAAUAUAAUCGAAAAUAUCAAAUUAAUUAAGUGUACGUAGAUAUAAUGUGGCAGACGUGUGCAAUAAUAAUAUGUAAACCUUUUUGUACUUUGUCGCAUUAGCAAUAUGUUAGUAUAAUUGAUUAAGCUUUUGAAUAUGUUAAUAAUAUCACUGUGAUAUUGUACUAAAAUUAUUACAUAUUGUUGCACAUGACCGUACAGUAAUUUAACAAGAUUUUUGUAAACGGAGAACAAUGUGUGUAUUUUAAAUAAAGGUACAUUGGUAUCCAUAAAUAUAUUAUAAAAAUAGAGAAAACAAGUUUGUUACUUUUCAUUCUCUAUUAUUAAAUAGAAUUAAAUUGAGUAGAAGAGAAAAUCUAAUUUUAAACUUUACUCGUAAGCUAUGAUUGGGCGGCAUAAAUCUAUUUACUUUUUUAAAAAGCUUGUGAUUCAGUUUUUUUUUAACAGUAAAAUAGAUACAAUGAUAAUGUGUUGUUAAAGAAUCAUCUAGUGAUUCAAAAUUACUCAUUUAUGUCUAUGACCCUACUUCAUGUAUCUAAUAUAUGAAUGAGAGUGUAACAUGGCGCUGACUGUCAAUUAUUGAGUUAUGCAUGCCCAUUUAGUGAUACUGCGGCACACACAUGAUGCCAAUUUUGUUAAUUCAUUUUUUACUCAUAGUUAGCUUUUACGUACAUGCUAGAAGAUACAAUUAAAACAUUGUAAACAAUCUAGGAAUAGAUGACAUUUUUCUAAAUUUCGUUGUCAUCUUUUAGGGUAUUUUGUUUUGCAAACAUGACAAUCUGAAUUCUCCAAAUACAAAACGAUCAAUAAACAUAACUUGAGACGUCGAGAAGAAAGAGUUACUCAAGAUGGUAAUAUUAUAUUUUGCAUUGUCAGAUACGAUUUUUGAUUGAAUACGAUUUCCUUUUAAAUACGAUUUUUACUUUUACCCAAUUAUAUUUAAACUUAUGCCCGUUUUCACCACAUUUUGCCAUGUGACCACUACGUGAGCGACGAAUAAAAAUGUCUUUCUUUAUGACGUCCUGUUAGUAUAUACAUAUAUUAGUAUAUUUUUACAAAUACAAAAAUUGUAAACAAGUUACUCAAAUUUCUUCACGCCUUUUUUCUAAUAUAUCUAAAAAUAUAUAACAAAAAUUUCUACUCAAAAGGGUGAAUAAAAAUCCUAAUCUGGCAAUGUCUACUAAAUGACAGAAACUACGUGACUUCAGAAGUUGGAGUAUGCAAGAUACUUUGAACAAUGCCAAUAUCUAAUAGAUUGUUAAUAUUAAAUUUGUCAAAAAUGUUUCUCUUUCUCCUCGGUUUCAAUUACAUUCCAUUAUAAGUCAAAGAGUAUUUUCAAUUAGUUUACUAAUGUUACAAUUUGGUAUUUUUUUUUUAAUUAUAACAGUACGAAAUUGUAUAAUGUUGACGUCUUGAAUAUCUAAAUACUUAGUUAUACGCAGAUAUACAAGCAUUAACCAAACUAUUUUACCAUUUUUUAAGCCAAGCACAUGAAAAUAAUUUAUUAUUUUUAAAGGGUCUGGCUAUUGUUUAUUAUUUACUAGUUUUGAUAUAUGAUCUUAUUCAGACUUCUUUUUUUCUUUUAAUUUAUUAAACGCUUCCCGUAUGAUGGGUACCAGCAGUACCAAAAUGAAGUCAUCAUUAAUUUAAAAAAAAUAAAUACUCUUUAUAUCAGUAAAAGCUUUAAAAGCUAAUGCAAUUUUCAAAUUAGAUACAUAUUUUUAUAUUUAUUGUCAAUGUUUGGUGGAUGGGAUAUUUGAUAUUGGUUGGGUAUUGUUUUUGUUACUGUUUUAAAUUAUUUAUUGAAAGUCGGUUAUGGUAAUAACAUACUUUAAUAAAUUAUUUUUCUUAA